GUCCGGGAUGCCGGGAAAGUGCGCGUCGGUUGGGCGCAGGCGAAGGUGCACGUACUUGAGCCGCGCCCGCAGCACUGUUUUCGGUGCCUGCAAACCGGACACACCCGGCAGAAGUGCGGAGGGCCGGACCGGUCCGGUCUAUGUUACGCGUGCGGCGGCACGGGACAUAUCGCCGCCGAGUGCGUGAACAAACGAAGAUGUCCGCUCUGCGCCAGCCUCGGACGCCCAGCCGAGCACAGCCUGGGGGCAAAGGAUUGCUCCCAGAUCUCCGUGGCCCCCACAAAGGCAACGGAGAAGAAGAAGGAAUCGCGGGCAGAACCUGCGAAGAAAGAAGACGCCGAGGUCACCAGCAGGAAGAGGAAGGAGCCAGCCCCCAACAGCGAGGAAGAGGCAUCCACUCCAACACCUGCGGUGAAGAAGAUGGCUGCUGAAGAGCCAGCAACCAGCGAGGGACCACAACCCGAGGGACCCGCCGAAGAGAUGGAGGCAACACCAACGCCGGAAGAGGACAGCGCUGUGGAGGCAGCGGACGACGUCACCGGUAAGUAA